AAAUUUAGACCAGUUGCAUUAGCAAGCUAGGUUUCGCUUCACUGUCUGCUCUUCAACGGCCAUAACGUUGAAGAUGGCAAGCAACGUUCUUGCAGAUCUUGCUACCGACUUUCUUGAAUGUUCGAUUUGUGUUGAACUCUACCAUGUACCGAAAUUGUUACCAUGUGGCCAUACAUUUUGCAGAGAAUGUAUCAGCAAAUGGAUAGAAACACAAGGGAGCCGGGCGAUAUUUUCUUGUCCAAAAUGUCGAACCGAUACGUACGUGCCGGAUGGUGGUUUGAAUUCCUUUAAAGACGAUAAGUUUGUACUGAGUUUGUUAUCGUUCCAUCGUGUGCAAGUUGGUAUACAUGACGAAGUGGAAUGGUUGAACUGCGCGUCUUGUUCUGAGCAAGUUGGACAGUCCAGCUGCAGUGGCUACUGUCACGAGUGCAAAGGGGUCAUCUGCAAGACUUGUGGUCAGCAUCAUAAAUCAUUGGCAGCUCUGAGAGGGCAUACUGUCGUUGAUGAAGAGGAACUUAAAACCAGUAACAUCCAAGAGUUGUAUCGACGGAGCCAACCGGAGGAGCAGUGUUCUCAACAUAAAGGGGAGACCAGGCGUCUUUUCUGUCAAACAUGUGAGAUGAUCAUAUGUCAAGUGUGCUGUUUAAUUGGUCAUCCGCGACCAAAACAUAAUGUAGCACCAGUUACCGAGACAGCAGAGAAAGUGAAGAAAGAGCUAGUGAAAGAGCUUGAUUCUGUCUGUUUUACUAUGAAACGGAUUGAAAAGAAAAUGGACGAGGCCAACCAUAUUAGAGGACGAUUAACAGCUAAAAUAGAAUUGUCGAAACAAGCUGCUUUUAAACGGUGUGAAGAAGUUAUCAAAAGAGUUAAUGAUGAGUUUCACACACUCAUUAAACAAAUAGAUAAGGUAGGCGGCAAUCGAUUGAAAGUAAUUGACGCAUUUAUCGAUAACACAAAAUUAACUUUGGGAAAGGUAAAAAGUAGCUACCACCUUGCGCAGAGACAAGUGGAUCUCUGCACAGAUCGUGACAUUUUGAUGGUAGGUCCUGAGCUUAGACAAAUGAGCAAGAACUUAAAAGGAGAAACAGUUGGCGAAGUUGAUUCGAAUUUUGGUACCAUCAUAUUUGAGUCAAACAAAGAGGAAGCCAGUCCUUUACUUGGAAAGCUAAUAACAACUACGUAUAGAUGGCGUCUGAAGAAGACUUUUGGCCAAGCAGGAAAAAGCAAAGGAGAUUUUUUGUGGGCGUACGAUUUGGUAAUUACUCCGGAUUCAGAUAUCGCUGUUUGUGAUCCAAAGCUGAAACGAGUACAAAUUUUCAACGAAGUUGGCAAAUACAAAGUUUGCCUUGAUGUUGGUAAAGACGAAAAGGAUGGAAUUAAGGAGCAAAUGAAUGUAUCGUUUACAAACGAUUCUCGAUAUAUCGUGGCCCAGAGAAAUUCAAAAUGGGUAAAACAAUACACGACUGACGGCAAGUGUUUUUGUAAAUUUAGCCCGGACGAAAAUUUGGAUGGACGAUAUGCUUCUCUGGAAAGCAUCGCCGUAAGUAACCACGGAAUGAUUUGCAUUGGACAGUCGACACCAGUCGGGGUAGUUUAUCUUCAUGAAAAGGAUGGAACCCUUAUUUGGAAGCGUAACUAUUCUCAGCCCUGGUUUAUUGCUUUUAAUUCACUGGAACAGAUUGCAGUCAGGACCAAAGGUGGCAUCAGUAUUCUGUCCUCGGAAGCAGGCGAUAUGAUUAAAAAGAUAACGGUUCCCAUGAAGUCUGGAGAAUGUGAUCUUCGAGGCGUGUGCUUCGAUAGCAAAGACAACCUAUAUGUAGUUGACAACAAGGGCAAAAUGGUCCAUAAGUUUAAUCAAGAAUGGAACUAUUGCGGGAAAGCUGUUAUUGGUUUAAAUGAUCCUUAUGGAAUAACAUUUUCGCAUGAUGGACGCAUGUAUAUCUGUGACCAUGACGAUGUCAAAGUAAUGGAGUGGUUUUAAAAUCGAUACGCCAAGUUGCACUUGGUUGCACGCAUACGCACAUGUCUGUCAAUAGAUGUAUAAUAUAAGAUUUUACUUCACAACAGUUUUAUAUUAACUUCUAAACUAUGAACAUCAACAGAGUAAACCUAAUAGAAAUUAUUUGUGUUCAGAGUUACUGUUCCUAAAGUAAAAUGAUGAGGUAGUAUGCCACACACAGGAUGUUAAAUAAAAUUUAAUCGUAUUCUGGCGUUAUUAAAUGACGUGGUGAAUGACGUAGUUUCGUAUGCGAAUUGUAAAAUUGCUGUCUGAGUGUUUAUAAGAUAUCCCAAAAACAUCUUGAAAACGCUUAUUGUAAACGUGUUUCUUUCAAAUUAAAUAUAAGAAAUGUAUUUACUGUAUUAUGAAAAUAUUAAUAUAAUUAACUGCUUUACGUAUAUAUUUCUACAAUCAAUACCUAAAGUAAAAAUCUAAUGAAAUAAUUCGAAGAUAUACUUGUAAUCAUAUUAAUAAAUGCUUUAAAAAUAAAUUAACUAAAAUUAUGUUAUGCUUGGUUUAAUUAAGUGUUCUGCCUAUAUCUAAUGUAGAUAUACUGGUCAUAGAUUGAUUCAAUAGCAUAAUGGUUCAGCAUCUAUUCAUUAGAACAAAAAAAGUACAAACAAAAGAAGUGUAGAAAAAACGAUGUAAUAGGAGGAAUAAGGUUGGUGAGCACGUGACAAAAAUUAUUCAGUCCGGCGUCCACAGAUUUGAUUCCUGAUUCACCCCGCCCACUAAUUUUAUAUAAAUUACUAUCUAACACUUACUAAACAAUCAAUCAAGUUGGAAGUGAAUAAGUUAAUAGGUAAAACCAUGAAGGAAAUUGUUAACCGGGCAAUACUACAUGAUUUUGCGCAAGUCAAUUUCAGAAACGUUUAAUUGGGGAACGUACGCGAAAUACAGCACGUAGAUUUUAUAGAAUUUAUAAGCUUGUUUAUGUUGUAAUAAAUAAAUAUAAUUAACAUUUACUCAUAUGCGCUCCGAUAGUACCUAAGUUAAUUAUUUGGUCAAUUACAGUGAUCUGUCACAAUCUAUUGAUGAUUCUUUCCAUACCAUAUCUGGCCAACUGUGAAAUGGUCUGGCUGAUGAGGUCGUGUAACUUGGUCAGAUAUGCAAGUCUCAUCUAAAACAUGCUAAUCAUUAUCAUAUUUGUUUUUCAAUGUCUUGUUAAAUAAAAAGGGUAACCAUUCGCGUCCACCAUGAUGCCCAGCUACCAUUGUUGAUGGGCUGUAAAGUGGUUCUAUAGAGCUAGCUGCAAGAAUUUCAUAGCCUUGUUAAUAUAGCCUAUUUUUUU